AUGGGGAGGAAGAAAAGCAGUCAUGUCCAUAAUGCUCCUUGUGACGACGAAACAAUGUAUUCUCAAGAAUCUAAACCCAAGAGGAUCUACCAACUCUGGCCUGGUAACAAUAAAUUUUACUGUGGAGGGAGACUAGUCUUUGGUCCAGAUGCAUCUUCACUUCUUCUGACCACAGUUAUGAUUGGAGCUCCUGCUGUCACAUUCUCAAUUCGAAUGGCUUUUAUGAUCGGCAAGCGCUAUCCUUUGUUCCACACUCUUGUCUUGAUGGGUUCCAUUUUGCUCACUGUCUUGGACUUCACGUUUCUCUUCUUGACUUCUUCGAGAGACCCAGGGAUCAUCCCAAGGAACAAAGACGCACCUGAAGGAGAAGGGCUUGAUAAGAUCAGUCAAUCCUCAGAGUGGGUAAACAACAAGCUCGGUAACACAAAGUUACCUCGUACCAAAGAUAUAUUGGUGAAUGGUUAUACUGUUAAAGUUAAGUUCUGUGAUACUUGUUUGCUUUACCGUCCUCCUCGCGCCUCUCACUGCUCCAUCUGCAAUAACUGUGUCCAAAGAUUUGAUCAUCACUGUCCCUGGGUGGGCCAAUGCAUCGCUUUAAGAAACUAUCCGUACUUCAUAUGUUUCAUAUCAACAUCAACACUACUCUGCUUGUACGUCUUUAUCUUCUCAUGGGUCAGCAUACUUGAGGCACACGGAAAGAUGUUGUUAAUGGUCAUCACAGACGAUGCAAUCUUUAUUGUUCUCAUUGUCUACUGCUUUGUCGUUGUCUGGUUUGUUGGUGGACUCACUACAACUUAUGAGAAUUUCAGGUACCGAUAUGACAAGAAAGAGAAUCCUUAUGGAAAGGGUCUCUUCAAGAACCUGUAUGAGUUGUUCUUUGCUAAAAUCCCACCUCCAAUGAUAAACUUCAGAGACUGGGCUCCAGAGGAACCUGAUGUGGAGGUUGGUUCCAUUGCAUCUGAGCUAGACAGAGCCUUUGGACCCCGGGGAGAUAAUAAACAUGAUAUGGACAUGGAAGUUGGUGUGUGGAAAACUAGCAAGGGCGGCUUGCUUCUCCAGACACUUGAGUAUGACAACAACAAAAUUGAAGAGACUGUUAAGAAGAAAGGCUUAAGUGAUGUAACCGCAGAGACCAACACAGCGUUUGAUGUGAGGUCGAGAUAA